AUGGAACUCUUUUCGUUUGUUGACGAUAUUAGACGUAUGAAUAAACGACAGGCUAUAUAUCAAGUACUCAAUUUUGGAAUGAUUGUUUCUACCGCCUUGAUGAUAUGGAAAGGACUUAUGGUUGUAACAGGUAGUGAAAGUCCGAUUGUCGUUGUACUAAGUGGUAGUAUGGAGCCUGCUUUUCAUCGCGGUGAUCUUCUUUUACUUACGAAUUAUCAUGAAGAACCUAUCCGCGCUGGUGAUAUUGUUGUUUUCCGAAUUGAAGGUCGAGAUAUUCCAAUUGUUCAUCGAGUUCUAAAAGUCCACGAAAAAGAUGAUGGUUACGUGAAAUUCUUAACUAAAGGUGACAACAAUCAAGUUGACGAUCGUGGCCUUUACUCUCCAGGACAAUUAUGGCUCGAAAAGAAGGAUGUGAUUGGUCGUGCUCGAGGAUUUCUUCCAUAUAUUGGCAUGGUGACGAUUGUAAUGAAUGACUAUCCACAAUUGAAAUAUUUCGUCUUAGCUGUUCUUGGCUUCUUCGUUUUAGUGAAUCAUACAAUGUCAUCGAAACCGAACUCAUCGAAAGGAAGUUCACGUUCGAAUAAUACAAUAUCGCAGUUCGAUCGUGGUCCCGUUCGAAUUCUUAAUCAUACUUCACCAUUAAAACAAUCAGAAAUCAUCUCCUUACAACUGCUAUUUUUCGCAUCGUUAGAAGUUCUUUCAUUAACAUUAACAAACAAUGAUUCAACAAAGUCACGUCCAUUAUUUCAAUUAUUAUUACACAUUUUAACAACUAGUGGAAUCCUUCCAUCAUCAAUGAAUAUCUCCGCUAUGGCUGUGAAUCAGUUAGAUUUUGUUAGGAAUUAUGUUCGAACUUUACAGGCGGCAAUUCAAACAGCUUUGAAUAUCAUUCAACAACCUCCAUCAACAACAGAUGGGCCGACGAUUAUCAGUAUGUUAGAGAGAGAUUUUGCGAAAAUUUUACUUAUGACUCCAACACCGCCAAUAACGCCACCUUCAAACAUAAGCAUUGACAUCCCUCAACCAGAUAUUCAACUAAAAGUUCCAUUACCGUUAGCCAUGAAUGGAACGGCUUCCUCAAAUGGUUUUGAUAAUAUUGUGAUAUUGCGGUAUGCGAGAGAUUUCUAUGAACUUGGAAGAAUAGGCAAAGGUGCUUUCGGAUCAGUCUUUCGUGCGAAAAAUCGUUUAGAUGAUUGUACUUAUGCAAUAAAGAAGAUUGUUUUCAAAGAUAAUUCCGAUCGAACACGUCGACAAGCGAAUAUAGCGUUACGUGAAGUACGAGUUUUAGCAUCGUUAAGUCAUCCAAAUAUCGUUCAAUACCAUUGUGCAUGGUUGGAACUAGUUCCCUGUGAAACAUCAUUGCAUCGACCGCGAUCAGCAUCACCACAUUUACAGAAACAAAAAUCUUUAUCACAUAAUCAUCAUUCAGAUUCAAUGGAUGAAUUAAUCGAAUUUAAACACACAGUUUCGUCAGCAACGGAUGAUGAAAUCCAAUUGAAUCAUUCGUCAACAUCACAAGUUGAUGAUGAAAUCAGUGAGACAUCGAAUUUGGAACAACAAAAUCAAAGUUUUAAUACUCAUAGUCACCGUAAAUCUCAGUCAGAUGGUGCUAGUUCGUCUAUCAGCCAAUCACAAAUCUUCUAUCAACGUUCGAUAUCUAAUGGAAGUUCAUAUAAUAAGCAACUAAUUCCAUUUCAAGCAGCUCAAAAACAACUUAUUCCAACGACGACUGCUCAAUCAGAAUACACCAAUUCUCGACUUGUUCUUUUCAUUCAGAUGCAAUCGUGUGAUACAACUCUAUAUACUUGGCUACGUCAUCGCGAUCAAGCGAUUAUUGACAAAACACCCGGUGUGCCCAAAGUAUUGAAUCAAUUAGGUCAAAACGAAUGUUGGCAUAUAUUCAAACAACUUCUAUCUGCAGUUCAGUAUCUCCAUUCCCAUUCACUUGUUCAUCGUGAUAUCAAACCAAAAAAUAUUCUUCUCUCUUAUGAAGCAAAAGAUCAAUCAUCUGUUCAUGUUCGUUUAGGUGAUUUCGGUUUAACAACAAUAUUUGGUUCAGAACUCUCACCAAGUUCAGCCCCACACUUUCAAAUAGGCGAAUCUGCAGGUGUUGGCACACCUCUAUAUGCUCCACCUGAACAAUUGAAUUCCCGUCAUUGUAUUGCCACAUGUUAUUCCGAUUCAUAUAGUUUAGGAAUUGUACUUUUUGAAUUAUUUAAUAUUUUUGGUACGGAAUCCGAACGAUGUCAUCUCCUAGCGGACUUACGUGCUUAUAUGGAAGUGGGCAAAACAUUUGCAGCAAAUUAUCCAUUCGAGACAAGUCUUAUUGAACAACUAGUGCAGAUUGAGACCGAAAAACGAUUGACUGUCGAUGAAAUUUUAACGAAAUACUCUCAAGAGAUUCAACAACGAAUUCGAAAACGACAAAGCUUAACGAAACAGAUGAUUAUUGACCAAUUACAAGAAACCUUAAAAGAUAAAGACAAGAGAAUUCAAGAAUUAGAAUUGGAAUUAGAAAAAACUAAAACCUAG